AUGGCCAAGCCUAAAAACUUGUCCCGCGAGGAUAGCGAACUUCCCACGACCUCAUUUGCAUUCGAACAGCAGGAGGAAGCAGAUAUUAAGCCCGAAAAAGCAGCACUCUGCUACAAGGCUUGGCCCAGAACGUUGCCACCGGAGGCUUGCGUGGUGUGCGGCCAAAAGACAACCAGUUUCCACUACGAUGUUCCGAGCUGUAAUGGUUGCAAAACGUUUUUCCGGCGAGUCAUCAUUGGCAGAAAAUCCUACAAGUGCGUGAAGGAUGGCAGAUGCUACGAGGGGUCAAUAGAGAAUUUUACAUGUCGAGAAUGCCGAUUCAGACGUUGCGUAGCUAUGGGGAUGAAUCCCGAUGCAAUUCAAACUGGCCAAAACUUGGACAAAAACCCAAUGUACAUGCAAAUUCGCGCAAAAAGGCGAUCCACUGACGAUACAGAAGAAGACGAGCCGAUAAAAACCGUGCAGGUUCUGAUGAACCCUCGACUACGCGAGGAUUCGAUCCAACAUCUUGUUGACGAGUUGCUAUAUCUGGAAACUAAUGUCAGAAAACUACGCCUCUCCACCUACAAUCCUCACCACCUGGACCUGAAAAAUGUUUCUGAAGCUUUGGAGAAAACCUCGGUGCUAUACUUGGCUCAAAAAUUAAAGCCGAUGCCCGACUGGCCGCUAAAGCAACAACCACGAGACUGGACGAAACCCACGGACACGUGGCAGCGGCCGCCAAACAAGAAAUUCUGGCCCUUUUUCGACCUGCUGCUUUCGAUCGAAUACGCGAAGACUUUCGACUUUUUCGAGAAGCUCGGCACGAUGGAUCAGCUCGCAUUGGUGCGCUAUAUCUCUGUGGUGGUGUCGACGAUUACGCAGUGCUACUAUAGUCUUCAAGAGGACCCUAGCGCUGAAUUGGUCAUCUACCCGGACGGGACAAAACGCGGCGAUUCGGCGCAAUCAUUUGCCAGCAACCUACGCGGGAUAUUCGCCUACAACCUUGCCGCAUUUCGUCACUCCCGGAUUGCACGCAAAGAGUUUGUGCUCCUGAAGGCUAUCGCCCUGUGCGAUACUGCCGUCGAAGGCCUCACCCCAGCCGGAAGUAAGAUUCUUCAAGAAGCGAGAGAUAAAUAUUCCGAAGCAUUACUAUCUCAUGCCAUGGCAAAACACGGAACUUCGGCUGGUCCGACUAGAUUCCAAGAGCUGCUCGCGAUCGUCCAACUUCUAAUCCGGAGCGCGAAGAAGCAUAGGGAAAUUCACUUGUUAAAUGUGAUAAUUCGCCCUCCGCGGAUGCUCUCGUCAUUUGUCGAGGAAAUUAUGGACGCU